GCGGAGGGAGGCGGCAUGGCCCGGCUCGGCCCGGCCGGAGGCGGCGGCGGCGGAGGAGGAGGCAGCCCCGUGGCCCCCCUGCGCCUGGAGUCCCCGUCCGCCGGGCCCGCGCCGCACUGGCUGGCCGUGCUGAUGCUGCUGCUGCCGGACGGCGAGGACGACGACGAGGGCGACGAGGCGGGAGCCCAGGCCGGGCGGCGCAGGAGGCGGCGGCGCAGGAGGCGCACGAGAGCAGGCGCUGCUCCAGCCGCCGCCGCCGCCGCCGGGCUGCUCUCCGGGGACCCUCGCCGGAGGCUCCUCCUGCUGCUGCUGCCCGCGAAUGGGGGCUCCGCAGGCGGCGGCGGCGGCGGCGGCCCGCGCUCCCACCCGCCUGUGCCCUCGGAGGGUCUCCCCAGAGGUGGGCUGACCAUGAAGGAAGAGCCUUUGACCGGUGGUGGGCUUUCAGCUGUGAGGUCUUGGAUGCAUGGGGCUGGCAUUCUGGACGCCAACACCGCAGCUCAAAGUGGCGUUGGGCUGGCUCGGGCCCAUUUCGAGAAGCAGCCUCCGUCCAACCUCAGGAAAUCAAACUUUUUCCACUUCGUCCUGGCCAUGUAUGACCGGCACGGCCAGCCUGUGGAGAUCGAGAGGACGUCUUUCAUCGACUUUGUGGAGAAGGACAGGGAGCAGACUGGAGAGAAAACCAACAAUGGGAUCCACUACCGGUUACAGCUUUUGUACAGUAACGGACUUCGGACGGAGCAGGACCUCUAUGUGCGGCUCAUUGACUCCAUGUCCAAGCAGGCAAUCAUCUACGAAGGGCAAGACAAGAAUCCAGAGAUGUGCCGUGUGCUGCUGACACAUGAAAUCAUGUGCAGCCGUUGCUGCGAUAAGAAAAGCUGUGGGAACCGCAACGAGACGCCCUCUGACCCCGUCAUCAUCGACAGAUUUUUCCUCAAGUUUUUCCUCAAAUGCAACCAGAACUGCCUGAAGAAUGCAGGGAACCCCCGAGACAUGCGCCGCUUCCAGGUUGUGGUGUCGACGACAGUCAAUGUGGAUGGCCACGUCCUGGCGGUGUCCGAUAACAUGUUUGUGCACAACAACUCCAAGCACGGGAGGCGGGCAAGGAGGCUGGACCCCACUGAAGCUGCCACCCCCUGCAUCAAAGCCAUCAGCCCCAGCGAAGGCUGGACGACGGGCGGCGCCACCGUCAUCGUGAUCGGGGACAACUUUUUCGAUGGGCUGCAGGUGGUCUUUGGCACCAUGCUGGUGUGGAGCGAGCUCAUCACGCCGCAUGCAAUCCGUGUGCAGACUCCGCCGAGGCACAUCCCCGGGGUGGUGGAGGUGACCCUCUCCUACAAAUCGAAGCAGUUCUGCAAAGGAGCGCCGGGACGCUUUGUUUACACUGCCUUGAAUGAGCCAACCAUCGACUACGGCUUCCUGCGCUUGCAGAAGGUGAUCCCGCGACACCCGGGGGACCCUGAGCGUUUGCCCAAGGAAGUGCUACUCAAGAGAGCGGCUGACCUGGUGGAAGCAUUAUAUGGGAUGCCACACAACAACCAGGACAUAAUUCUGAAGCGAGCGGCGGACAUCGCAGAGGCUUUGUACAGCAUCCCGCGCAACCCCAACCAGUUGACCUCGCUGAGUGGGAACCAUGCGCACUCGGGCAUGAUGAACGUCAACUCCUUUGGGAGCCAGCUGGCCGUCAACAUCAGCGAAUCCACCCAGGGCUCAGAGCAAGGGUACACACGCAACACAAGCAGUGUCUCGCCGCGAGGCUACGUCCCCAGCUCCACCCCGCAGCAGAGCAACUACAACACCAUCACGUCCAGCAUGAACGGCUACGCAGGGACUGCCAUGACCAGCCUGGGGGUCCCGGGGUCCCCCAGCUUCCUCAACGGCUCCACGGCCAACUCCCCCUACGCCAUCAUGCCCUCCAGCCCGCCCCUGGGGGCCUCGUCCAUCGCCAGCUCCUCCACCCCGGGAGGCGUCUUCUCCUUCUCUCCCGUCAACAUGAUCUCCGCCGUCAAGCAGAAAAGCGCCUUUGCCCCCGUGGUGCGGCCACAAGCCUCCCCGCCCCCCACCUGCACCAGUGCCAACGGGAACACACUGCAGGACCAAACCUUUGAGGAUUCGGCAGACAAGUUCCACACUCCGACUCGGUCGCUGCAAGGACUGGCUUAUUCCUAAUCACACACGUUGUCGGGUCUCAUCGUUCCGCCCAUGUGAUCAGGAAACGGAGGAUGGGCUGGGCUGGAAGGAGGGACCAACAGACUGGCGCUAACCCAGACCCUUGGACUUGGAACGGGUGUGGGCCCUGCUCAAUGCGUUCCUGGAGCACACGCCUCCCCACCCCCCAGCUCCUUCCAACCCGGCUGCGGGAUUUCAAGGAGGCUCCCCCUUCUGGUGGGAGGCUGCAGUGCAGCAGAGCAAGCACUGGGGAAGUGAUUCUCGUUCAUCUGCUACCAGGAGAUGCCCAGCGACGAACUGGGGGCGAAGAUACACUUUUUAGGGAGAGGUGUUUGAGGGGGUUUCAGCACUGCCACCCUUCCUUUGGGGA